AUGACCGAACCACGAAACGGUGCCGGGCUUGGGCGUCUCCCGUUAUUUGGCGCCCAUAAAUGGAUGAUGGUACAAAGAGGAACGCGCAUAGGGCCGCUGCCUGGGGGUCGCCGGGGCGCGUCUGGAGCUGGCGCUGGACGCGGCAGCAUGCGGGCCGCCAGCCGAGCGCGAGGAGCUGUACGAUCACCUAGCAGCCCUCCGCAUCCAUCAUCCCCACCAGAAGGCUUGGUGUCGGCUGGGUCUUCUCGGACUCAGCAAGCGGCACCCGCCGCUGGUGGAGCACGUCGCAUGCGUUGGUCACAAACAAUGAACGCAAACGCACUGCGGGCGUACUUUAGGGCAAAAGGGGAAGAAACCGGAUGUUUGGCAUAUCGGGCUCGGAUGCAUCGCUUUUUUGCAGAGCUGGAGCCAUCGCUAUCCGUCACUGAGCAAAACCUGGCAGACCGAGUUCGGUACAUCCUGCGCUCCAACAUAUUUGGUGACGCCGAACUCGAACGACUACGACGUGAGGCUGUUCCCUCAUCGGAUGGAAAUGCUACGGCUGGGAAUGCGGCGCCACUAAUUGCGCAGCAAACUGCAAAUGUGGACGCUGCCGUCAAUAUUCCAUUUGUGGUUGAUUCAGACGAUGAUGGAAUAGUCCCCCACGAACUAGAGAAAAUGAGGAGCAUAUUGGAAGAGUCGAUGCUGGAAACGCGCAGCAUGCCUCUCGAAAAUCGACCGCGACUUCCCCGCAUACCCCUUAGCAAGCGAAAUCGGGCUGUCGUGCGGGCUCUUAACCCAAUGCUGGUGACCUACUUGGAAGCCAGCCGGGACCUUUGCGAGACGGACUCAAUUCUUUUUGGCGCCGCACUGGCAGUAUGCCGUAUUAUUGGCGCCAAACUUCCCAUGGCUGGACGUGCUACUCAACAAGGUAGUGCCAUCCCAGCCUGGAGAAAAAGAAUCGAGGACCGUAUCGCAAAGGCAAGGGCCCUUAUCGGCAGACUGACAAGCUUCAGGUCGGGUAAUAUUAGACCGAGAGUUGUGCGCACCGUUAGAAUGGCGUUUGCUUGGACAAAUAUUAGUUUGUCCCAGCCGGAUAUCACGCAGAAACUAACGGAGCGCAUAGAUGACCUGAAGCAAAAAAAUCGCUGCUUGGGGGAAGCGGAUUCGACGAUUUAG